AUGAAGUGGUACUACAACGAACAAAUUCAAGGCGUGGAGAACUAUGAGACCGCGGACGCCAUGGUAUCCUUCUUCGAGAAGAACAACAUUGCCGUCCGCGGCCACUGCAUCCUAUGGGACUCAACCAACGCAUCCAACUAUUGGACCCUAACCCUCCCGCCGCGUGAGGUCCUUUACACGACCAUCCGCCGCAUCGCCUCUGUAGUGUCCCGGUACACCGGAAGGGUCAUCGCCUGGGACGUGGUGAACGAGAACUUGCACAACUCGUACUACGAAAGCGUCCUUGGUGCUAAUGCUUCCGCCAUGAUUUACCAGAUCACCCGGGCUAUCGAUCCACAUACCCCUCUAUUCAUUAACGAGUACAACACGCUCGAGUACCCCAAGGACAUUAAGGUCAUCCCGGCAAGAAUCGUACACAAGAUCCGCGAGAUCAAGUCAUUCCCCGGGAAUGAGGACAUGGCCCUGCACAUUGGAAUGCAGGGCCAUUUUUCCUUCCUAAGGGCCAACAUAUCCUACAUACGUGCGGCCUUCGAUGUCAUGGGCGCUUCAGGGAGCCCCAUAUGGCUCACGGAGCUCGACUUCUACAAGGGCCCCACGCAGCACGAGGACCUCGAGAACGUCCUGAGGGAGUCGUUCUCACAUCCAGCUGUGGAGGGGAUCAUCAUAUUCGGAGGAUGUGCCUCAUAG